AUGAAUAAAGAAAACGAUUGCAAUUUCCAAUAUUUUAAUUUAAAUAAUAAAUGGAUGUUACUUGGUUACUUGGAAUAUUGCGAUAAACAAAAUAUUUUGCAGAGCAGAAAGGUUGAACGUAAAAGAUUUAAGGAAUACCUCAAUUAUAUCAUACAAAAUAUCCCUACGAAAAAGAAUAAGGCGUCAAAAGCAAAACUAAAAUUAAGCUCUCACGACAAUCAACGCAAAGAAGAUAUCGAAGAUUUUUGGAAAAGAAUUAUUGGUUUGAGACCUUCUUCUUCUUCCACUUCACAAAAUCAGGCUUCUUCAAUCAAGGAAAAUGGAAAAUGCAAACAUAGAGACGUUGAUUAUGUACAUGGUGUUGUCACUACCGGUGAAAAGUGGUUUUUCACCGUAGUGACAACAGACAAUGAAAUAGGUGCUGUCCAUACACCUAUUAUUCUCCAUUUAAGUGACAAAAAUAUACCUGACGAUGUACUUAAAGUUGAUGUUCGAUUUUUG